AUGAUGUUCUACGUCGCUGGUCUUCUUGCCGUACCCGCUAUUUUACACGCUUGUUCUUCUCUUCCACCUGGUCAAGAAAGGAAGGUACCAUUAAUGGUGAGUGGAAUCAAGUUGCCUAUGGUAUUUACCUAUUCACAAUCACUGAAUGUCACUGUGGAGUAUCCAUUGGUCCAAAAGACUUCUGAAGAGGCUGUAGAAAAUCUUCAAAAAUACGUUAAAAAAGCGGUAUCAAAAGGGAUCAAAAAAUUCGCAGAAGAGAGCGGUUAUGGGGCUUUUGUGACACAAAUAGGCAAACAAAUCAAAGCAGUCGUCUACUAUAAUCCAUUGCUGUGCUAUGCGAUGCAGUCUGAGCCCGAUACCGGUAUGCCAGUGCCAACAUACUUUCCUGGAAUAGGACACUUCUGUCUCACUAAAAGUGACACUGUAACAAAAGUUUUAUACGAUAAUAAAGCCGAAGCUAUGAUUGAUAUGCCUCAGGAGUUCCAGAAAUUCAUUGUAGUUUUGACGGUAAUAUUUUAA